AUGCUUGUUAUUCAAUAUGGAGGACAAAGUCUAAGAGAAAUUUUAAGAAGAAUGCAUCCAAACAAAUUUACAUGGAAAGAUGUGGUCUAUGCACUUCGUGACAUUUCUCGCGGUCUUGUAGAUAUUCACCAUCAAAAUUUGAUUCAUGGAAAUUUGCAUAGUGGAAAUAUUUUGAUCAGUAAUGAUGGUACCUAUUUUCGCAUUACUGAUUUAGGAAUCUGUUGGCCAAUUAAUCAAUCAUACGAUUCAUAUUUGGCGCCAGAAAUAUUGAAUGGUGAUACGUAUACACAAGCAGCUGACAUAUAUAGUAUUGGUUCUCUUAUGUACGAACUCGUGACAGGUUAUCCGCCAAUUCGUGGAAAAAUUGACACUGAAUUUGCUCUUAGUGCACCUGAAUUCUAUCAGGAGUUGAUCAACCAAUGCUGGCACCAUGUUCCGAUGAAUAGACCAUCUGCAAGGCAGAUAUACGAUAAAUUCGUUAUUUGGUGGUCAGGUGGUCAGAAAAUAGUAAAUCUUGGAGAUGCUAUGACUGUGACAUCUUCAUUUCGUAAUCUGCUAUGA